AUGAGCGACGUGCCCAGGAAAAUCAAAUGUGUUGACGACACGCUUCUGCACGAUGAAAGUGUGGCGGAAGCCUUCUGGCAUACGUAUGGGUUUCUACAGAAAUGCCACGACAACGGGGUGACGCUGAGGCCUGAUAAGUUCAGCUUCUGCAAGAGGAACGUCACGUUCGCCGGGUAUGUACUCGGCUGGGAAGACUACCAGCCCAGUCACGACCUCAUCAAGAGCAUCGCAGACUUCACGAUGCCUGCAAGCCCAUCACUGACGGAUAUCAGGUCGUGGUUUGGCCUGGUGAACCAGGAGCUCCUGAAGAAGCCAGCCGGCAGAACAGUCUAUUGGGACGAAACACUCAACGCCAUCUUCACGUCAGCGAAGGACACCAUCAAAAAGCUAGCAGCAGAAGGCCUCAAGUUCUAUGAUACCUCACGCCCCACGGCCGUCCUAACUGACUACAGCCGGCAAGGCAUAGGAUUCGUCGUGUCGCAGCAGUACUGCCAAUGCGUGUCCCUGGAGGCACCGAUGUGUUGUCCCAACGGAUGGAAGCUCGUCCUCUGCGGCAGCCGGCACCUGACCGCGGCAGAAAAGAACUACAGCACACUGGAGGGCGAGGCACUCGCGAUAGCCUGGUGUCUCAAGAAGGCCCGCCUUACAUCAAGGGGGAAAAGCAACUGCGCCGCGGACGCUCUCUCGCGCUACCCAGCAUUAGCAAGCGCACCAGAGGACUCAGACGAGGCUGACGAUGAAGCAGUGUGCGCUGUCAUGGUCGCCGCGGCAGCAGACGCCUCUACGGACGAUGUGGGUCAUGUGGUAGACCUACGUCAUGUGGAGGAGGAGGCAGUCAGAGAUGAGGAAUAUCGGCUCCUCCAUGAGUGCGUGGCCAAUGAUGGUUGGGGUGAGCGGAAGGACGCCGAGCCGGCCGCGCUACGCCCCCGCCCUCAGACGCACCGUGCUCGCCAAUCUCCACGCCGGUCAUCAAGGCAGAGACUCAAUGCUUCGCAGAGCCAGGCAGUCUGUAUACUGGCCCGGCAUCGACGCAGAAGUGGAGCAAAACGACGCCAGUGCCAGGUGUGCGAGAUGCACACGCCCUCUCAGCCAGCCGAGCCGCUCCUGCCCACCCCACCACCCCAGUUCCCGUUUCAACAAGCCGUGGCCGACCUGUUUCAGCUACAAGGCAAUGUGUACAUCGCCUACGCCGACCGGCUGACAGGCUGGCUAGAAGUGGAACACCUGUCUGGGGAAGCCACCAGCUCCCGCCUCAUCACGUUGUUCCGGCGGUGGUUCACACGCUUCGGCAUCCCUGAAGAGCUCUCAUGUGACGGGGGCACCAACCUCACUAGCCACGAGUCAAGAAGGUUCUUCGAGGACUGGCGCGUCACCCUACGAAUCUCAUCAUCCCACUACGCCCAAUCUAAUGGGCGUGCAAAAGCAGCUGUGAAGUCGGCCAAGAGGCUGCUAAGAGGCAACACAACUCGCGGGGGCUCCUUAGACACCGAUAGCAUUGCCAGGGCGAUCCUCCAGUACCUGAACACACCCUGCACGGCCUCGACGCAUCCCCAGCGCAGCUGCUGA